AUGGCAGGCUUUGCAGCUUUAAAAGAUAUUAGCAAUGCUUUCGAAGAAGACUUACAACGAGAUUUUUCAGAGUUAUUUACUUGUGAAGUAGGAGAAAGUUUUGAAGAUUGGGUCCUAAAGAAAAUGCGCGUCAAAUCAUUAUUUACAUCCAAACUGAGAUUGCUAAGGGCUAAAACACUAGCUUCUACACCGCAAAUAACUGAACAAGAGAAAGCAAAUGUGAUGGGAAAUUAUGAGGAGACAGCGAUAUGGACUAUAAUUGAACAGCAAACAGUUAAAUCUGUCACACAGGCACAUGCUGUUAAAAGCUUAAUGACUACACAGAAUAGUAACCUCAAUCCUGAGAUGAAAGAGAGAAAACUGAAAAUUAAAGAUCAAUUAAUGAAAUACAGAUAUCUUGAAACACAGCUACGUCACCUCAAUAUGGUAGUGAAGGAGAAAGAAAAUGAACAUAUGAUGGCACAGGCUAAGUGGGAUAGGGAGCUAGGUGCAUUGAGAGAUAUCAAAGCCUCGGCAGAUAACACGGAAGAAAUUGACCCUAAUGGACCAUUAUAUCUAAAACUGAGCACAUUAGUUGACAAAAUGGAACUGAUGCGUUGGAUGGUGUCAAAGCUUGUGACAGGUAGAUCUGGAAGCUACGACUGGCUGGCUGAUCCUCAUAGAAGAUAUGGCGCUUUGAAGAUAUCGAGAGAAGCCAACACAGUGGAAGGGUUCACAAGAGAUCAUAAUUGA